UGUUAUCCACGCCCAACGCCUACGACGCGCCGAGCGCCAGCCAAACUAGUCAGUCUCAGUCUCAGGUGGGAGCGAGUGGCGGAGCGUCGUCUGCUUUGGUCCCGCUUCGUGAUAUCUGGUGCGUGCUGUGGCGGCUGCGCCCGAGCGCUUUAAACAUGCAUUUGUCAGAAGAUGCUAACGCAAAUCCUGCAGCUACCAAAAGCUCAACCGAGACAGACAUCCUCCUACAAGAAAGGACGCCGUCUAUUUUGCCCAGAAAUGACCAUCCGCAGGCUAAGCAGCGCGAACACGAUGAAGAAGGACAGGAAACACACGUCAAGCAUCCCACAUCGUACUUGGAAACCUUCAUCCACUACGUCAAAGCCAACACAGGGGCUGGCAUGUUCGCGAUGGGAGAAGCUACAAAAAAUUCUGGGAUCCUGCUAGGACCGGCACUCUUGGCACUCCUUGGGACCAUCUGCGUAUUUGCUCAACACCAGCUAAUGCACGCGUCGGCUUUCGCUGCCAAGCGCCUCCGCCUUUCAGUUCACCCAGACUAUGCGGAAACUGCGCAGUAUAGUUUUGAAGUCGGCCCGGGGGCAUUUCCCCGCUGGGCCAGCACGGUGCGGAAGGCUGUCUACGCCUCUCUAGUCUGCACGCAGCUCGGGUUCUGUACCGUUUACUUCGUCUUCAUCGCGUCCAACAUGAAACAGGUCCUGGACCAGUACAUCAUACCUAUCGAUGUACACUACUACAUGGCGAUGCUGCUCGUCCCCAUCCUGCUGGGGAGCUGCAUUCGGACCCUCAAGCACCUCGUGCCCAUCUCUCUCAUCUCCAACCUGUUCAUGUUCACAGGCGUCUUCAUCACCAUCUACGUGUGCUCUCGUGACGGACUGCCGCCUCUGUCCGAGAGGAACCUUUUCGUCGAGCCGACUCGACUGCCACUGUUCUUCGGCACAGCGCUCUACUGCUUCGAAGCAAUCGCUAUGACAAUGCCACUUCGGAACGAAAUGCGACGCCCCAACGAUUUUUCUCGCCCGCUUGGAGUUCUUAACGUUGGCUCCGUCUUCGUCGGCCUCCUGCUUGUAGUCGUGGGAGUCAUUGGCUACAUGAAGUAUGGCGAGGACGUCAAGUCCAUUAUACCGCUCAACUUCGACCAGGCAGAUGUGCUUUGUCAGGUGAUCAAGACUGGGAUCUGCGUGGCGAUCCUGUUGUCCUACCCCAUCCAGGCGUACGUGCCGUUCGAGAUCAUCUGGCCGAGCAUCGAAAGACGGUUCCAGCCCCUCAAGCACCCCGUGGCCGCCGAACUGACUUUCCGCUUCGCCAUCGUCCUGUUCACGUUCCUGCUGGCCGAGUCCAUCCCGCGCCUGGGCCUCUUCAUCUCGCUGAUGGGCUCCGUGUCCUCCACCAUGCUGGCCCUCAUCUUCCCGCCGCUCAUGGACUGGAGCUGGCGCUGGGGCGACGGCCUGCCCGUCUGGCGCCACCUGGUCAACGCCUUCCUGCUGCUGGUCGGCAUGUUCGGCAUGGGCUGGGGCGCCUACGCCGCCAUGGCCGAGAUCAUCAUUGCCUUCGCCAAUGGGGAGGUGACGGCCGACUAACAUGUGUGGCGAACGGCGAACGUGACCGCCAUACGGCCACAAUCAAAUGUGAGACUGCUAUACUAAAUAACAUCCUGUGACUCACGUUAGAUAGUCGUCCCACUGGCUGUCACUUUGCGCUUUGGGUUUCGGCCUAUGAGCGUUCUGAUUGGCUUAGAGGGCGUUCGGGUAGACCACGUGACCUUCUCCGAAGCGCAAAGAAGCCGUGAGUCGACUAUGACCAGCCUAAGGUCCCACUUGGUCCCACUUCUCGCAGCACGGGCAGCAUAGGCGGUUACAGGCGAGAGGGGGUAAAGAAAAGUGUGGCCUUAGUCUGGUCUGCCUAUAGCUCCACAUUAGCUAAUGUGAAGCACUACUCUCUUCAUUACAUUAGGUAACGAGAGGCAUCUUGCCUUACAUUAGCUGAAGUAAAGUAGACUCACACUAACGUGCACACUGGAGUACCACCAUCACACUGAAAACUACCUAAAAAAGGAAGCCCCAAGAGAACCGAAAAAUAUAAUGUUCCUGACCCACAAAAAUAAUUUAAAUGGCAGAGCUUUGAAGUGUCAUCUGAGAAGAAGGGCACUGUACAGAAAAACCGAUUUUUAAGGAAACAAUUAACUGUUAUAUUUGUACAAACCAGUAUUAAAAACAAUGUUUUACAAA